GCACGGCCGGGCGUCGGGGCCACAGGCAUUGCACUCUAGCCCUGGCCAUGGAGCGGCCGGCAUCAGGCGAGGUGCUCAUGAGCCAGGCCAUCCAGCCGGCGCACGCCACUGCCCGCGGUGAGCUGAGCGCCGGGCAGCUGCUCAAGUGGAUCGACACUACCGCCUGCCUGGCGGCUGAGAAACAUGCUGGAGUUUCCUGUGUUACAGCCUCAGUGGAUGACAUACAGUUUGAGGAGACAGCUAGAGUUGGACAAGUUAUAACCAUCAGAGCAAAAGUUACUAGAGCAUUCAGCACAAGCAUGGAGAUCAGUAUCAAGGUCAUGGUACAGGACAUGCUCACUGGCAUUGAGAAGCUUGUUAGUGUGGCUUUCUCCACAUUUGUAGCCAAACCAGUUGGAAAAGAAAAGAUUCAUUUAAAACCAGUCACACUUCUAACUGAACAAGAUCAUGUGGAACAUAAUCUGGCUGCUGAGAGAAGGAAAGUUCGAUUACAACAUGAAGAUACCUUUAACAAUUUAAUGAAGGAAAGUAGCAAGUUUGAUGAUCUCCUUUUUGAUGAAGAGGAAGGAGCGGUUUCCACAAGGGGCACCUCUGUUCAGAGCAUUGAACUGGUCCUCCCACCCCACGCAAACCAUCACGGAAAUACAUUCGGUGGCCAGAUUAUGGCUUGGAUGGAGACGGUGGCUACUAUUUCUGCAAGCCGCCUGUGUUGGGCACAUCCCUUUCUGAAGUCCAUAGAUAUGUUUAAGUUCCGGGGGCCAUCUACAGUUGGAGAUCGUCUUGUCUUCACUGCCAUUGUCAACAAUACAUUUCAGACCUGUGUUGAAGUUGGAGUUCGCGUGGAGGCCUUUGACUGUCAGGAAUGGGCUGAGGGCCGAGGGCGUCACAUCAACAGUGCUUUUCUCAUUUACAAUGCUGCUGAUGAUAAGGAAAAUCUCAUCACAUUUCCCAGAAUUCAACCCAUUUCAAAGGAUGAUUUUAGACGCUAUCGGGGAGCUAUUGCACGCAAGAGAAUUCGCCUAGGCAGGAAAUAUGUUAUUUCCCACAAAGAAGAGGUUCCACUUUGCAUACACUGGGAUAUCAGCAAGCAGGCAUCCCUGAGUGACAGCAAUGUGGAGGCCCUCAAAAAACUGGCAGCCAAAAGGGGAUGGGAGGUUACCAGCACUGUGGAAAAGAUAAAAAUAUAUACUCUGGAAGAGCAUGAUGUUUUAUCUGUUUGGGUUGAAAAGCACGUGGGAAGUCCAGCACAUUUGGCUUAUCGUCUCUUGUCUGACUUUACAAAGCGACCUUUGUGGGACCCCCAUUGUGUGUCCUGUGAAGUCAUAGACUGGGUGAGUGAAGAUGAUCAGCUGUGUCACAUCACCUGUCCUGUGCUGAAUGAUGACAAACCCAAAGACUUGGUAGUACUCAUAUCACGAAGAAAACCUCUCAAGGAUGGUAACACUUACACAGUGGCAGUGAAGUCGGUCAUUUUGCCGUCGGUGCCCCCGUCUCCACAGUACAUCAGAAGUGAAAUCAUAUGUGCCGGAUUUCUCAUCCAUGCUAUUGACAGCAGCUCAUGCAUUGUAUCUUACUUUAACCAUAUUUCUGCUAGCAUCCUUCCUUACUUUGCUGGAAAUCUUGGUGGCUGGUCGAAAUCCAUUGAAGAAACAGCAGCCUCUUGUAUACAGUUCUUAGAGAAUCCUCCUGAUGAUGGGUUUAUAAGCACAUUUUAAAUGGUCAACUUUCAAUUACCGGUAAUUUAAUUUCCCACUUUUAAUUCCAGACACCCUUAGCCCUGACAUUUGUCAAGCUUUUGGGCCACAAAAUAAUUAAUAUAAGCCUAAGCAAAAUGCAGUGGAAAAGUUAAAAAAUAAAAUGCAUCUUAAGUCAAAUACCAGUGAUUUGGAUUAGCAUUAAAAGAGCUUUAAAAUUCUGUUUUAAGUCAUCUGUGGCUCUGCCUCUUCCAGGGGCACAGAUAGUGGAAAAUUGCCUGUAUGCAAUACUAUGUGUUCUAUAAAAUGGCAUGAAUUUAGUUUAAAUUAUCAUAAACAUUUUUAGGUUACAGAGUGAAACGUGUGUUCUGUGUGAAAUUCCAAAAAAAAAAUUAUAAAAUCUAAAAUGAUGAUUUGCUAA